AGAGCCAAAGAUGUCGGCUCGGUCAUGUGAUCAGCUGUGUCCAAUCACAGCUGAUCACAUCCCCAGCAGCACCACCUGUCAGUGUCCAUCCGUGCCAGCUCUCAGUGCUCAUCCAUGCCACCUGCCAGUGCCCAUCAGUGCCACCCAUCAGUGCCACCUAUCAGUGCCACCUAUCAGUGCUGCCUAUCAGUGUGCAUCAGUGCCGCCUAUCAGUGCCAGUCAGUGCAGCCUAUCAGUGCUACCUAUCAGUGCCAUAUAUGAGUGCUGCCUUUCAGUGCCCAUCAGUGAUGCCUGUCAAUGCCCAUCAGUGCCACCUACC